CAGUGAUAACUUUUUUGAGUAUACACUUUCAUCAUAACGUCGCUCAAAGUCAUCGAAUUAUUGGUUAUAUGCCCAAGAGGCUGUUUAUACAAUAAACAUAUUUACGGAUUAACAAUAAGCAAUAAAUAAGUGAAAAAUGGUGUUAGCCGACCUAGGACGUAAAAUUACGUCCGCAUUACGGUCGCUCAGCAAUGCAACUGUCAUCAAUGAAGAGGUAUUAAAUUCUAUGCUGAAAGAAAUAUGCGCAGCACUAUUGGAAGCUGAUGUAAACAUUCGCCUGGUGAAAAAACUCCGUGAAAAUGUGCGAUCCGUCAUUGACUUUGAUGAUAUGGCGGGUGGGCUUAAUAAACGCCGGAUGAUCCAGAGCGCAGUGUUCAAAGAACUUGUCAAAUUGAUCGAUCCAGGCGUGAAAGCUUACCAGCCAGUGAAAGGUCGUCCAAAUAUUAUUAUGUUCGUCGGAUUACAAGGUGCUGGUAAAACAACCACGUGUACUAAAUUAGCUUAUCAUUAUUUGAAGAAAAAUUGGAAGGCUUGCUUGGUUUGCGCUGACACGUUUCGUGCUGGUGCUUAUGAUCAAAUUAAACAGAAUGCUACUAAAGCUAGAAUACCAUUUUAUGGAAGCUACACAGAAUCAGAUCCAGUAGUAAUAGCACAAGAUGGUGUUGAAAUGUUUAAAAAAGAAGGCUAUGAAAUAAUAAUCGUGGAUACCAGUGGUAGGCAUAAACAAGAAGAGUCUCUAUUUGAAGAAAUGUUGCAAGUGUCAAAUGCAGUUCAACCAGAUAAUAUUAUAUUCGUGAUGGACGCAACGAUAGGUCAAGCUUGUGAGUCUCAAGCUAAGGCUUUCAAAGAUCGCGUUAAUGUAGGUUCGAUUAUUAUCACCAAGUUGGAUGGACAUGCUAAGGGUGGUGGAGCUUUAUCAGCUGUUGCAGCAACGCAGAGUCCUGUAAUAUUUAUUGGUACUGGAGAGCACAUAGAUGACUUGGAGCCGUUUAAAACAAAACCUUUUAUCAGUAAAUUGUUGGGAAUGGGUGACAUUGAAGGAUUGAUUGAUAAAGUUAAUGAGUUGAACCUUGAUGAUAAUGAAGAGCUUUUAGAAAAAAUCAAACAUGGGCAGUUUACUUUACGGGACAUGUAUGAACAGUUUCAAAAUAUUAUGAAAAUGGGACCUUUUUCACAGAUUCUGGGUAUGAUUCCGGGCUUCAGCCAAGAUUUUAUGUCCAAAGGAACAGAACAAGAUUCGAUGGCAAGAUUAAAGCGACUUAUGACGAUAAUGGACAGUAUGAAUGAUGCAGAGUUAGACAACAGAGAUGGAGCUAAAUUAUUUAGCAAACAACCUGGUAGAAUAACGAGGCUAGCUCAUGGUUCUGGUGUCACUGAGAAAGAAGUUAAAGAUUUGAUUACUCAGUACACCAAGUUCGCAGCGGUUGUUAAAAGGAUGGGAGGAAUCAAAGGAUUGUUCAAGGGUGGAGAUAUGUCCAAGAAUGUCAAUCAAACUCAAAUGGCUAAAUUAAAUCAACAAAUGGCUAAAAUGAUGGAUCCACGUGUUCUUCAUCAAAUGGGUGGACUUAAUGGUCUUCAAAAUAUGAUGAAACAAAUUCAACAAGGUGCAGCUGGUGGCCUGGGAAAUUUAAUGGGUGGACUAGGAGGCAGACCUUGAGCUAACAUUCCAACAAAUAAAUAAACAGACUGCCAUCUAAUUUAUUUAAAAGCUUUCGAUUAGCCGGAUAAAUUGAAUAAAAUCAGGACAUUUAAAAAUCUUCCGAAUAUACUAAAUUUAUCGUCGCUGUAUUUGUAUAAAUCAGUUGUAUUCGCCAAGACUUAAAAACAUAUAAUAUUUCUUUUAGUUAAAUCGAAUAUCGUCGACAAGUAAGCGGUAAUUAAUUUGAGGCGAUAUUCUAACGUGUCCUGGAUCAACUACGUGGUAAUAAAUAAUUAUUUAGAUAAGAUUGUUACAAUACGACAUAUUUACCAAUGUAUAUUGAUUGGGUUUUGUAAAUAAAUUAUAUUAAUAUAAUUAAAUAAUAUUUAAGAUACGA